AAUACAGUGGGGAGCAUUUGGUGUGAAUCGAUGCCGUAGAUUCUUCAAUUAAUUGCCAAUUGAUGAAGCUUGCAGUUUUUUGCCACUCAUAUUACAUUAGCAUUUUUGUAUCGAUAUUUUUUUCUGCAUGCUGCCGUACGCUGUUGCAAAAUCCUCCUGAAGCUUAGAGCACAAUGGAGUUAUCUGAAUCGACCAAAGUGGUAUUUUUUGUGAGUCGCAUCUUCGGCCUUGCUCCGUAUGUUGUGAAGAAAACUUCGAAAGGACAAAUUGUGGAUUACAAGCGAAAUCUGGUCCUGGUGAUUUACAGCCUGUGUGUCGUGUUCUGUUUAGCUGGAUUAACAUUCAAAGGAAUCUUCGUUGACAUAAAUUCGGAAAAGCCGAUACGUUUCAUUCUCAGGAUGACGUCGGCAACAUCGAAAGUGGUAACAACGUUGGACGUUUCGGUCGUGGUGUCCGCAUGCAUCUGCGGCGUGUUUUGCGGGAUUUUUGGACUUCCACUGGUGCGAGAGCUGAACCAACGCCUAAAUGAGGCAGACGACAUGCUCUUGGCGUACGUCGCCACCGGAUUGAAGGAAACCAGGAAGGUCCAGAGAAAGGGACUUACGAUGCUGGUCCUCGUCGGAAUCAUCAUAACAGGUGCUUUGGCCCUCGACAUUUGGGUGUGGUUCCGGAUAGCGGACAAGCUGAAGAAAGAAUAUCAAGACUCCGGAGCCAAUGUGCUAGGAUACUGCCCGUUCUACGCUCUCUACUAUAUCCUGAUGAUGUUUCACGUACUAUUCGCCCAAUCGGCCCUGGGAAUCAGCAGUCGAUUUCGGCGUCUCAACGUAGCGCUGUGCCACGUGUUUCCGGAAUUCAACAAAACUCCCAUAAUUGAAAUAACUUCCGUGUCAUCCGCCAACAACGUCUCGGAAAAGUUGGAUAAUGGAUCGGAGCAGCGGAUAGGGUUAACCGUCAUUUCGCACGUGAACCACCCCCGUCCAGGAUCGAGGUCUCCCAACCGAGCAAUUGAAGACUUGGCCUACAUUUAUGCCUCAUUAUCGACCGGAGUGAUGCUGGUAUCGAACACGUUCGGCGUGGCAUUGUUGGCGGUUUUGGGGUCUUGUUUACUUCAUUUGGUGGCCACAUCCUAUUUUUUACUGGUGGAGCUUGUCGGAGAUAAGGAUGCUGUCUUUUCCUGGAUUCAGGCCCUGUGGCUGUUCAUUCACAUUUUCCGUUUUUUACUGACCAUUGAACCUUGCCACAUCACAAACGUAGAAUCCCGCCGGACGAUGGCCAUCGUUUGCAAUCUGAUGAGGACUUGCAAAGACUCACUGGCCAAGGAGCGUUUGGAAAACUUUUGGCGCCAGCUGGUUGGAAAUAAUUCUGUGUUCACCGCGUGCGGUCUAUGUACAAUCGAUAGACACAUUAUUACGUCCUAUUGUGGUGCCAUCACAACAUUUCUAGUGAUUCUGAUACAAUUUAAGGAGAGAGACGAUAAAGAACUUCCUCGUCGUAGAUAUUAAAAUCGAGU